CAUAAAGCUGAACUCAAAAUGAAGACUCUUCUCAUCUUCACACUGCAUCUGAUCUCAGAUACAGGAGAGUCCAAGGAUGUGGAGUCUAUAUCAGUGACUGCAUGUGGAGGAGGAAGAGUCACCAUCAAGUGCAAAUAUGAGGAUGAAUACAAAACCAAACUGAAAUCUUUCUGUCUGCACUAUGGAAAUCCCAUCAAUAAGACCUGCUAUCUAGGAGGAAGUGUGAACAUCAGCUGCAAAUACCCAGAAUCCCACAAGAAUGAACCCAAGUUUUUCUGCAAGAGAGUGAACACUGCUGUCUGUUCUGAUAAAACAUUUGUUAAUAAAACAGAGAUACAUAUAACUAAGGGAAACAUAUCACUGUAUGAUGACAGAGAAAAGCAAAUCCUGACUGUGACUAUUAGAUAUGUAACAGUGCAGGACUCUGGUACAUACUGGUGUGGAGCUACAUCAAACUGGAAAUCGAAUCAUGGAUACCGGAUUUAUAGUAUACAGAUCUAUCUGAGAGUUACAGUUGAGUAGAUAACAUGACCUGUGUAAUAUUUGUUGUUUUCACAAUAUAGAGGAAAUCAUGUUUAAUUGUUCAUGCUAAACCUGUCUAAUAUGUUUCUAAUCUUGAGGUAUGCAAGGCUGUAAAGUCUAGUGUCUGUAGGUAGUUGUCAGCAGUUUGUUCACUGCUCCUGUCUGACCCGGGUGUCUGAUCAGCAAUUAAUUCUCUCUAAAUGAGAAGAGUCUGAAUUAGAAGUUGACCAUUAGUAUCCAUCUAAUUUAUUCUGCUAUAUGUAUCUUCACUUAACGGUAUUCAGCAU